UACAACUGGUUGGACCAUACGUCUUGGCAUAGCAGUGAGGCAUCCCCAAUGUCUUUGCAUCCUGUGACCUGGCAACCAUCCAAAGAUGGAGACCGCCUAAUUGGUCGGAUUUUGUUAAAUAAACGACUCAAAGAUGGAAGUGUGCCUAGGGACUCAGGAGCAAUGCUUGGAUUAAAGGUUGUAGGAGGGAAGAUGACUGAAUCAGGUCGACUGUGUGCAUUUAUUACCAAAGUAAAAAAAGGAAGCUUAGCUGAUACAGUGGGGCACCUUAGACCAGGUGAUGAAGUGUUAGAGUGGAAUGGAAGGCUAUUACAAGGUGCCACCUUUGAGGAGGUGUACAACAUCAUUUUAGAAUCCAAGCCUGAGCCACAAGUGGAGCUUGUAGUUUCAAGGCCAAUUGGGGAUAUUCCCAGAAUACCUGACAGUACACAUGCACAACUGGAGUCCAGUUCUAGCUCAUUUGAAUCUCAAAAAAUGGAUCGACCUUCUAUUUCAGUGACUUCUCCCAUGAGUCCUGGCAUGUUGAGGGAUGUUCCGCAGUUUUUGUCUGGACAACUUUCAAGCCAAAGCCUUAGUAGAAGAACAACGCCUUUUGUUCCUAGGGUUCAGAUAAAGCUGUGGUACGACAAGGUUGGUCACCAGUUGAUAGUCACAAUAUUGGGAGCAAAGGAUCUUCCUUCAAGGGAAGAUGGGAGGCCAAGGAAUCCUUAUGUUAAAAUUUACUUUCUUCCAGACAGAAGUGAUAAAAACAAAAGAAGAACAAAAACAGUAAAGAAAACUUUGGAACCCAAAUGGAAUCAAACAUUCAUUUAUUCUCCAGUUCAUCGGAGAGAAUUUCGAGAACGAAUGUUGGAGAUUACUCUUUGGGACCAAGCCCGAGUUCGGGAGGAAGAAAGUGAAUUUUUAGGAGAGAUUCUUAUUGAGUUAGAGACAGCAUUGCUAGAUGAUGAACCUCACUGGUACAAACUUCAGACGCAUGAUGUCUCUUCAUUGCCACUUCCCCACCCCUCACCAUAUUUGCCACGCAGACAGCUACAUGGGGAGAGCCCCACACGGAGGCUACAAAGGUCCAAAAGAAUAAGUGACAGUGAAGUUUCUGACUAUGACUGUGAUGAUGGAAUUGGUGUAGUUUCAGAUUACCGACAUAAUGGGAGAGACCUUCAGAGUUCAACACUAUCAGUGCCAGAACAAGUGAUGUCAUCCAAUCAUUGCUCUCGGUCAGGGUCCCCUCAUCGUGGAGAUAGUAUAGGACGGACUAGGUCAUGGUCUCCUAGUGUCCCUCCUCCACAAAGUAGGAAUGUGGAACAGGGACCUCGAGGGACACGAUCUACUCCUGCACAUUAUAAUACCAUGAACCGAAUGGAUAGACAUCGUGGAUUAGAUGACCACUACUCCCCAGACAGAGAGAGUCACUAUCUCACUCUACCUCGGUCCCGAUACACUCAGUCCACUGACCACCAACACAGAGAUGCCAGCAAGGAUCACACAAUAUAUCCUCUCUUUUGUGAAGAUGCAAUCAGAUUACUUCGUUCCCGUAAGAUGUGCCGUACCUAUUCUGAGGGUGCUUACUAUGAUCUUGAGAGGAGGACUAGGCAGGAGAGAAGAGUGCCUAAUACAUAUUAUGACGACACUACUCAUACUCCAGAAAGGUGUUACAAUGGUGCAAGUUCAUGGGCAGAUCAUGUAGUCAAUGGUACAGAUGAAAACUAUGGGAAUUGUGAAGCAGCAGAUAGACAGCCAUAUCAAAGAUCCAGAUCAACAGAACAACGUCCUGUAUUAGAGCGGACCAACUCCCGCUCCCGAUCCACAGAGCGUCCUGACUCAAACCUCAUGAGGUCGAUGCCUUCAUUAAUGACUGGAAGAUCAGCCCCUCCUUCACCUGCCUUAUCGAGGUCACAUCCCCGAACUGGGUCUGUCCAAACAAGCCCAUCAAGCACUCCAGUAGCAGGACGAAGGGGCAGGCAGUUACCCCAGCUCCCACCGAAAGGGACAAUGGAGAGAAAAGAAAAGAAAGCAGAUCCAGAGAAUGGGGAUGCAGGUGCAAUGGAAGCAGAAGAGAGAAAUCGCCAAAUGAAAAUGAGCAAGUACAAACAGGUAGCAGGAUCAGACUCCAGGCUGGAGCAAGAUUAUCAUACUCAGUAUCGGUCAGGACGAGAUCAUCAGCGAGGCUCAGACAACAUUUCCAAUAAAUCUUCAGACAGCGAUGUCAGUGAUGUGUCAGCUGUCUCUAGGACAAGCAGUGCUUCUCGUUUCAGCAGCACAAGUUACAUGUCUGUCCAAUCAGAACGACCGAGGGGAAACAAGAAAAUAAGUGUCUUUACAUCCAAAAUGCAAAGCAGACAGAUGGGCGCCUCAGGAAAGAACAUGACUAAGAGCACCAGCAUCGGCGGGGACAUGUACACACUAGAGAAGAAUGAUGGCAGCCAGUCUGACACAGCAGUGGGCACUGUGGGUACUGGUGGCAAAAAAAGACGCUCCAGCAUUGGUGCAAAGAUGGUAGCAAUUGUGGGUCUGUCACGAAAAAGCCGCAGUACUUCCCAACUCAGCCAAACUGAAGCAGGUGGGAAGAAACUGCGGAGCACAGUUCAGAGAAGCACAGAAACUGGACUGGCUGUGGAGAUGAGAAACUGGAUGACUCGUCAGGCCAGCCGGGAAUCUACAGAUGGUAGCAUGAAUAGCUACAGCUCUGAAGGAAAUCUGAUUUUCCCUGGUGUGCGGUUGGCUGCAGACAGCCAGUUCAGUGAUUUUCUGGAUGGACUUGGUCCUGCCCAACUUGUAGGGCGCCAGACACUGGCGACACCAUCUAUGGGUGAUAUCCAGGUAGGAAUGAUGGACAAAAAAGGACAGUUGGAGGUAGAAAUAAUACGAGCCCGUGGCCUUGUUGUAAAACCAGGUUCAAAGACACUGCCAGCACCAUAUGUAAAGGUGUAUUUAUUAGAAAAUGGAGUCUGCAUAGCCAAAAAGAAAACAAAAGUAGCAAGAAAAACGCUGGAACCUCUUUACCAGCAACUUUUGUCAUUUGAAGAAAGUCCCCAAGGAAAAGUUUUACAGAUAAUUGUUUGGGGAGACUAUGGACGUAUGGAUCACAAAUCUUUUAUGGGAGUGGCACAGAUACUUUUAGACGAACUGGACUUGUCCAAUAUGGUGAUUGGGUGGUUCAAACUCUUCCCCCCUUCCUCCUUAGUAGAUCCAACCUUAGCCCCUCUCACUAGAAGAGCUUCCCAAUCAUCUCUUGAAAGUUCAACAGGACCUUCUUAUGCUCGCUCAUAGCAGCUGUGAAACUGUCAUAGCAACCAGCGUUACAAAAAAAAUUUACAGGUCGCAAACCCUGGUAACACUGCAUGCUUAAUGUUGUGUCUUCUGAGCCUGUUUCUAGGGCUACAAAGCGAUCCUGUGUUCUCAGAGGAAGUUGCACACAUUGUGCCCUAAAGAAGGCCCUCAGGUGAAGGAGUGGAGCUAUAAAGAACUAACAGGUUUGGAGUUCAGUGACACUCAGUUUUGGUCCAAUCUGAAGCCAUGGAUUAAACUAAAAGAAUCAAUCUGUUUCAUGCAACAAAAGUCCCUUUCAAUGGCAUAUCUAUUUUGUUGCUCCCUUUUCUUUAUCUGCCCCCCCCCCCCAAGCUUGGUUAUGCCACAGAAAUGGAAUUUACUCUCCCAUGAAGCCAUGUUACAAGUCAGUGGAAUAGUAGACAUGAGAAGAACAGUGGAAGACUGUAAAGCCGCUGGAAAAGAAAAGUCAGCUGAUGUUUGGAACAGUCAUUUAAGACCAGAGCAAACUCUUCAUACUAGAAAGGUUCAAGACUUAAAGUGGCAGGCUUCAUAGCUCCCGCUAUUGCUACAGUGAAACCCCAGACGCAAUGGACUCUAAAAAAUAAAAUUCUGUGGAUAUACUGUACUGUAUGAAAUUAAAGAAACUUUUUUGCAUGGACACAGAUUUAGCUGAACACUUAAAUUAUUUUCUUGGGGCUGCAACUUGCAAAAAAAAAAAAGAAUAAAUCAGCCAUUUUCAACAAUUUAUAUUAUUUUUAAAAAUAAAUUUCACUAGUGCAUGGUUUUAAAAGGGAGAGAAUGCAACAGGGUGAUACAAAGACACACCACGUUUAUCAUUCUUUAAACCAGUCAUGGUCUGUGUUUUUGCAGACGUAUAUUAAAAAUAAAAAAUAAUUUCUAGCAAAUAUUUAAAAUUCUGUUUAUGUGACAAGGAAUAAGUGUAAUAUAUUAAAUUUAUUUAAAUGUAAAAGGUACAAGCCUUGUAAAGUUCAACAUUAUGUGCAAAUUGUACACUUCUUUUCCCUUCUUCUUUCUCUGUCUCUCCACCCAAACUCCCUUUUCCUUUUGCUUUUUGCCCCCUUCCUGUCUCCCAGGAUUAUCAUAUUCAAAACAGCUACCUUUUGACUUACUAUUCUCUUAUGCCCCAUUAUUGGUUCAGGGUUGCAGAUUAUUCUGCGUUCCUGAAUUCUUUGAGAAAAAUAUUGUUUAAGAACUUACUUUUUUCAAGCAUGUUGAAAAGGAUUUUGCAACAUGGCUUGGGAGUACAUUAAAGUAAUUCAGCAUGCAUUUGAUAAAGAAAAUAUUUGAACUUUUUGCAAUUUAUUGUACAGUGCAUGGUAACUUAUUUUCAUUUUUUCUCACCUUCAAAUUGAAUUCUACAGCAAAAUACUGGAAUCAUGUGGCCAUUGUAAGAUGUCUUCAAUAAAUUUGUUUUCAGCACCAGCAUUGUUCAUUCAAGGGUUGAACAAUCAUUCUUGAAGGUUUUGGAGAGAGGAAAAAAAUGAACUGGAAGUCUGAUUUUUAUUAGCUAAAUUUCAACAGUUUCAUUUGCACUUAGACAAAUAAAUUGCUACCUAUUUGGACAUAUAAGAAACAGCAAAGGUUGCUACUGAUUAUAAUUCUUCCGCUGUAAAGUUCAAUUUUUCUUGAACUAAUAUUUGUGAUGGCAGAGACAAUUAGGGAUUAUCAGUCUGCCAUAAAAAUGUCAAACUUUCGUUUGUAAUCGCCUUAAAGAAAUUUGAAUAUUAACAAUCGAACAGCUAUUUGACACCAUCACCAAAAGCCUCAGUGCAGAGUCAACAGAUCUCAAAAUACUUGUCUCUAAUGUAACAGGCAGUUACUACCAUUGGGUGGUGCUACAUGUUCAGAUUUCUCAUUAACUUCUAAUUAAAGGGAAUAUAACUGGCUAACAUUUAAUGAAAACUGUCCCUCUUUUGGGUCUCUAUAUGCCUUUAAUUCAUACAUAAGGUUUAAUGUUGAAACCUUGCAAUAAUUUCUAAAAUAUAUUAUAUUUAUCUUUAAAUUAAGGCCAUACAUAACAGAAUUCUUCUGACUUUGUUUCAAAAUCUAUUAUGUUGCCCAUUAGAAAACUGUCUGUGCCUCGUAAGAGCACAGAAACAUCAAUAGAUAACACUUAAAAAUGCCUUUUACGUUUUGGUGCAAUAUGAUAUACAUCAAGACUGUGUCUUGUCAUCCUGAGAUUAUAUAAUGGAUCAAUGUUAAGUUAAUGAACAGACUAAUAAAAAAUAUUUAUUGAAAUAAUUUAGAUACUUAUGUACCAGCAACAAAUAAAUAUUAAAAAACAUACAGACAAUAUCCCCUAGAUUAAAACAAGAUACAUAACCAUUCUGAUACUGUGAGAUGCAGUCACACAUUCUUGUAUGCAUAUUCCUAUAUAAAUUAUUUCUAAUUUUUAAAGUGAAGGAUGUGACCGUACAGAAGGUUUGUACAUACUUGUCAUUAUGCAGUAUUUAUUUUAAAAAUUAAUGUAAUUUUUUUUAAUUUUCAGGUCUGCAACUCUACUUAUGAUUUAGUCAUGUAAAUAGCACUAUUCCAGUGAUCACUGCUGUCUUGUACAUAGUACGUUUUAAAAGUUAAAAGGAAUUACAGUUGGGGGAAAAAAAGGGCAGAUUAGGCCUGUAAUGAACACCAACUAAUGUAAAUCAAAUUCAUUCUGGUGAUGGUAUUUAACACUUUAAAUAAAACAUUUUCUUUACAGAAUGUGUACAUUAUGCAUUGUCUCUUUCCUAAGUGGGAUGAUUUGCUCCAUUCCUGAUGUGAUCU